UGCCUAUUAUAAACAACUAGGUAUCAAUAAUUUGCUCUGCUAAAACAAUUAAAACCAUUAUUAAAAAUGUCCGUGCUGUUACGUAACCUUCGAUUGACUACUGGCCGGUUCCAGCGGCACAUGAGUGUUGUUGCGUCGGUACUGCGAUACAGUGAAUUCGGUGACCCAGCCAAGGUGAUUCAAGUUCUGGAAGAGACCGUUUCCUAUCCAGCUAACGGGGAAGUUCUCGUCAAGACCCUCGGAGCGCCAAUAAACCCUGCUGAUAUCAACACCAUUCAAGGAAAAUAUCCCGUGAAGCCUCAGUUUCCUGCUGUGGGUGGCAAUGAAUGCGUAAGUGAAGUUGUCGCAGUUGGUGGUCAAGUAGGAGGUUUGAAAGUUGGUGACCGUGUAGUGCCAUUUGCUACUGGAUUGGGAACGUGGCGAUCUCAUGCCCUGUAUAAGGAAGGUAGCCUCAUGAAAGUACCAAACUCUAUCGGUAUCGCUGAGGCUGCAACAAUCACAGUCAAUCCUUGCACUGCUUAUCGGAUGCUAAAAGACUUCGUUCCGCUGAAAGCCGGUGAUACAGUAAUUCAGAACGGAGCGAAUUCAGCAUGCGGACAGGCGGUUAUUCAACUGUGCCGAGCAUGGGGUGUAGAGUGUGUAGGGAUUGUUCGCGACAGGCCAGAAUUCAAUAAACUGCGGGUAUAUCUAAAGGAUUUAGGUGCCGCAGAGAUUUUAACGGAAGAAGAGCUACGAACUACGAAAAUAUUCAAGAAUGGAUUGUUCAAGAAACCAAAGUUAGCUCUCAAUUGCGUUGGCGGCAAGAAUGCUUUGGAAGUAUCACGGAAUUUGGACAACCAAGGCAUCAUGGUUACAUACGGCGGGAUGUCACGGGAACCAGUUACCGUACCGACAGCAUCGCUUAUUUUCAAGGACUUGCAGUUCAGUGGUUUCUGGAUGACCCGUUGGACUAAGAAUAAUACACAAAGCCCCAAGCGUACGGAAAUGUUCACGGAGCUGUUCGAAUUGAUUGAAAAGGGAGCGCUGAAGGCACCGGCUCACGAGAUGAUUGCAUUUACGGAUUACGUGACGGCGGUGACCAACGCACUCAACAUCCAAGGUUUUGUAGGUAAAAAAUAUAUUUUCACUUUUUAAGGCUGGUUGCUAUAAUGAAUUCAAUUUUA